GACCUUAAUUACUCAGGCCGUACAAGAAACUUCCUGCACUCUGGAAAUCCUACAUUUCCGCUUAGAUGACUUCACUCAGGCCUUCACCAACCUUCAUACUAUCAAAAAGAUGUCCCUUGGGCUGAUUACAGAUGAAACCCUAGCUUCUUUCAAGCAAAAUAAAGACAAACGGAAGUAUGCAGCUUUGAUCCACCAUAAUAUCAUAACAGCAAUAUACAAGAAGCUAUGGAUAACUUCUCGGAUAACACAACAUGACCUGAUAUUUCAGCCACCUCCUCCAUUAAGACCUCCUGCAAUGAUGAAGACUAACCCACUUAACCCCACUUUUCUAAAUAACAAGAUCCACCAAUAUAUAACUAAUGGACAAUUUUCUCUUAACUUCUUGCUCAAAGACUAG